AAGAAUUUUUCUUUCACAAAAAAUUUUCAGUUUCCUUUUCCUUCAAUCUAUUAUUCAUCUCUCCUCCCACAAAAGAGGACAAAACAAAAAAAACUACAAAGUCCUAUUUUUCUUUCUCCAAUUGAUUUGUUAUCUUAGGUUUUUUACCUUCUUCAUCAAGCAAACGCCAUGGCGAAUGCGGCAUCUGGGAUGGCGGUAGAGGACGAGUGUAAGCUCAAGUUUUUGGAGCUAAAAGCGAAGAGAAACUAUAGGUUCAUAAUAUUCAGGAUAGAUGGACAACAAGUGGUGGUGGAAAAGCUGGGAAGCCCCGCGGAGAAUUACGACGAUUUCACCAAUGCCCUACCGCCCAAUGAGUGCCGCUAUGCUGUUUAUGACUUUGAUUUCACCACUACUGAGAAUAUCCAGAAGAGCAAGAUCUUCUUCAUAGCAUGGUCACCGGAUUCGUCGAGGGUAAGGAUGAAGAUGGUGUAUGCUAGCUCAAAGGACAGGUUCAAGAGAGAAUUGGAUGGGAUUCAGGUGGAGUUACAAGCCACUGAUCCGAGCGAGAUGAGUCUUGACAUCAUCAUAAGUCGAGCUCUCUAGAUAUCAUAUAUAUCUUCUCCCUGCUUUUCUAUAUAUAUUCAUAAAUUAAUCAUGGUCAAUCAAACAAUUUCUUCAUGUUAUAUGUAACUUUGAGUCUUGGUUUCAUUCAUUCUUUCUCCUCUUGACUAUUUUUUUUUUAAUUUUUUUUUAAGUUACAUUUUUAAAUUGA